UGAUUAGUUGAUGAGGAAAAUCAAACUGAAGAUAUAUUAUAUGUAUUGCUGAUGCUAAAAUACCCAUGAGAUAUGCAUGUUUUUGUAGUUUUUUAAACCUUUCUACCGAGGGAUGUUCUUGGGAAAAAUGGAGAAUUCUAGGAAAAUUGUUUGGUGCUUGAUGUUGAUUAUGAUGGGCAUUGUUUUUGCAGAGAGCAGAAACACUGUUCUCCACAGGGUUGGAGGUGGGAGAAACAGUUGGGUACCUAAUAUCAAUUUUACUGAGUGGUCGAGUCACGAGCAGUUCUACGUGGGUGAUUGGCUAUAUUUUGGGUUUGAUAAGCAACUCUACAAUGUUCUGGAAGUGAACAAGACGAGCUACGACAAUUGCAUUGACAAAGACUUCAUAACCAACAUUACUAGGGGUGGUCGAGACGUGUUUAAUCUCACUGAGGCAAAGCCAUUUUAUUUCCUCAGUGGCAGAGGCUAUUGCUCUAAGGGAAUGAAAGUUAGAGUCUGUGUUUAUGAUUAUGAACCUCCACUUGCAGCCCCACUUCUGGUCUACAAUGGUUACCCGAGGAUUAUCUGCAGUCGGGGGAUCCAACAUGUGCUGCUUGCUGCAGCUUUAGUGUGUUUCUCUCUCUUCAAAUACAUCUGAAUUAGAUGGAUUUCAGAGCACACUACAUAUUUCCCUGUUUUUUUUAAGUUUUUGAAGGGAUGUAUACAUUUAACGUGAUAAAGACUGGGGGUGCUUGAUUGCUCAUCUUGUACCAAGUUAAAUUACAAAUAAAACUCCUGCUAACG